CUGCCCCACAUUAUUCAUGGCCCAUCUUUGCUUUGGCUACUUCAGUCAAUAUCAACCGAGAUUGUAAUCGACCUCAUUCUCCUCAAAGCGACGGAUACAUAGCCCAGUCAAGAGUAGGAUGCAUUGUCGACCUUGCUACUCCAAGUACCUUUGCAGUGGCCAGCGCACGCUCAAGCAAGGCUCAGUCUCCUUUCCUCAUCCAACUGCUACUAGGACCUCCCAAUUCCGGAAAAACAGCACUAGUUCGGCACGUUGCCGCUCAAAAAAGACUCGAUAAUACUCCCGAGUUCCAUCCACUGACGAUUGAUCUACGUGAAGUGGCUACCUCAGAAAAGGGCGCUUUUCUCAAUGCAUUUGUGGACGAGGGAAUUAGACGCCGGGACAGCUUUUGGAAUUUCAUGUGGACCGUCGCCAAGGUGACAGGAUUCGGUGGCUCAGAACAACCUUCCCCACAAAAGGCAGCAAAAGCUUUCAAAGAACUUGGGGGACACCUCAAGCCAUUUUCACAGCCCCACGGAGAAAGACUCCCCGUGUUGAUCAUCGACGAAGCAAAUGACUUCAAAAGGACAGACGACAAGGCAAUAUGCGCAUUUCUCAACUUUGCCGUCCGGAUUACCAAGCAAGAAUCAAAAAUGCACGUCAUUUUUACCUCCUCCGACUCGUUCUUCGCGAAUUGGCUCAAAAGACGUGUUAAUCCUACUCAUUUUAACACGCUGGUUGUUGGUGACCUGCCCCGCGAGGAGGCGUACAACUAUUUUCUUCACGUCGUCAAAAACCAUACACAUCUCUCAAAACAACACAAAAAUCGCCUGGAAUCCAUCAACUUUGAGAUUCCUUUUAGAAUGACUGGAGGAAGAAUGCUUUUCAUUCGGCAAUAUGUCGACCAAGUACAUAUUUCUGGCUACUUUGAAGAUCCCAUGGAAUUUGAACCCACACUAACUGCACGAUCCUGCUUGGAAGACGACUUUCGGGGAAAAGCCAAAACUUACAAGAAAAAAGAAGUUCUGAGGGUCUGCCAGCUUCUCCUUGAUUCAGAUGGCUACAUAUCCUAUGGCGGACUUUCAGAAGAGCUUGGUAAUGAGGUCGUUGAAGAGAUGGUUGAAAGAAAUCUUCUCCAUUAUCGGCCAGUUUCAAGAUUUUCUAGGGACCUGAUACCACCCCCAACCGAAUCAGUUUUAACUGCUCAAAGUAAACCAGCCCUCCGGGCCAUGGAAGGGCUUUCUAAGACAUACGGGAAGCAGUCCUGAAUACAUACCAGUGUGUACUUUUUGGGUGACAAAGCGCGUUACCUUUUAACAGACUCGGCAGAACUUCUGUGGCUUUGUGACCCUCGGAGGAUUCAGAACUGGUUGGGACUCCAUCACUUUCCAACCCAAUUGCAAUGCGUUUUUCUUUCUUAUCAUAAAUCAAAUCAGAAAAACCGUAUGUCUUGAUGACCAACCGUCACCAAACUGAUUUUUGG